UAAAUGUCCCUUUACAAUUUUGAAAAUUAUCUUUAAAAAUGUUCUAAUUGGCAUUUAGAUUCAUGAAGAAUCUUACAUGACACAUUUCAUCCAUUGAAUAAAGACUAACUUAAUUUUUGUAAUAUUAUGUACCUGUGUUAUUUUUACUAAGUAAAGAGCACAAUAUGCAUUAUGACACACAACCACAGUCGUUUCAAACAAUUGCAUAUCAAUAAAUAAAUUAAACAAAUUAUCUCAGAGGACAAACAGCGGAUUUAAACUGCACGGAUGUCAAAGCGAUACCAUCUCUGAUUCAAACCGACUCUCAGCUGGUUCUUAAAAAAAAAAAAAACGGAUGCAGUGACGUUACGUGAAUACAUCAGGAAGCAGGAACACCGUAUAAAUAGAGAAAGUUUCCAAGCAACUCAGUGAAGCAAUAGAAAGCGGCAACAAGAGCACAAGCGCUCAACGCUGUUAUCGCUAAAACAGAAAAUAGUUAUAAAAAGGAUUUUGUAUUUUAAAUUCUCCGUUUUACCUUACUAACGCCAAAGCAUCCAGCACCAUGGACAGCGUCCGCGCGGCGGUUUACCUGAGCGUGCUCCUCUCGCUGCUCUGCGUCUGCAGGGGUCAGAUGUCACUGGACAACCGACUGAGCGCGCAAGAGGAGCAGGACAUCAAAAGAGACCUGGCUGAGGCGCUCGGUGAACUUUUGGAUGGAGAUCAGGACGAUCGGAUAUCUGUGGAGAAAAAAGCUAGUGUCAUUCCAAGGUGUGAUGUGGGGGAGCGCUGCGCCAUGAAGCACGGACCGCGCAUCGGGAGACUGUGUGAUUGCAUGCGAGGAACAGCCUGCAAUACUUUCUUCUUGCGCUGCUACUGAUGGAGCUCGAGCAGCUCUCUUCUCUCAGGCACUGUGCUAAGAAACUCGUGACAGCAAUGCUUGGGACACCUCAUCUAUUUAUAACGCGUGAAAUGACAUGGGUGAUGUAUUGAUACUGUUGUUUUGUUCGUAAACUUGUCUAUGUGUAUAUGAUUAAACGUUUAUUUUAAGUGAAUAAAACGUUUUUAGGCUCAUUCGUUCUGAACACUGUCUACUCUAAAUGGAAGUAUGCAUACAUUCUCUGUGAGUUUUUAAUGUAACUGUUUAAUAAAACCGUAAAAACUGCUAGAA